AUGGCACAACUAAAUCAACGAUUAUCGAAUAAGCCUCGAGAUUUGACUCGACGUACACCCAAUCAGUUGCAAAACCGUAAAAGCAACGCCUCACCAUUUAGAAAUAAUGAGCCAGUGUCAAGAAUACGUAACCAACAACAAAUGAAUACAGUACUACCAUCAUUAAAUACAAACGGAAACCAACAACGUCGUCCAUUGUCAAGAUCGAACAAUGUUCAUCCUCCACAACAGAAAUUAUUAGGUCAACGUAUGUCUCAAUUUUAUCCAAAUAGAUCCGAGACAAUUAUUUUCGACGAAAAUCAUGUACACAGUACAGAAUAUUAUCCUCAGCAACAGCAGCAAUUUGAUCAACGGAGAAAUACAUACGAAAUGGAACAAUUUCAUCAGAAUCACGAUUCAAGUAUGUUAUUCCCAUCACAAAGAAAUAUUCUCUAUCGAGAAAAUGAUAUAAAGUAUGAUCCUUUGACGGGACAACAAAUGAAUCGAAAAUACGAUGAAAAUAAUUACAUCUUAGACAAUUAUGAAAAUGCAAAGCAGAAUCAACAUCAGGAUAGAAAUAUGAACACAAAAACUUAUCCACAAUAUCAAAGUGAACAAAAACCAUUAGAAGUUAGAAGUCGAAGUGUUAAAAAAGAUGAUCAGAGUAUGGAAGAAUCGAUAGUGAUACAAUAUGAUGAUGAUGAUGAUGAACUACCACCAGUUAGCAGUCGACUACCUGUAUAUGCCAGAUUUCCCUUCGAAGUAUCAUUUCUUCCACCACCGAUGGAAGCAAAUAUUGAAGAUCAUAUUCACAAACUUCGAUUGCGUCUAAUCAAUUCGGAAUUAGACCAUCAACGACGAAGUGCCAAUGAAUAUUUGAUGAGAACACAUCGUUUCGCUCAGAAUGAUGAAUUUAUUGGAAAUCAUUCGAAUCUUGAAGAAUUUGAAAUACGUCGAAUACGUGAUUCAUUGAUGAAUGAACGAUCACAACAUCCAAAUCCAUCAAUGACAUUACCAAAUUUCUCUAAUUAUAAUAAUUUAAUUACAAUGGAUCAACAACAAUUUUUAACAUCGGAUAUAGAUGAUAUAAUAGAUUCGAUGGCUAGACGUCAUUUAGCAUACAAAAAAUUCGAUGCAAAUAUGAAACGAACAUCACGAGAGAAAAUAGAUUAUCCGUAUCUUCAAGAUACCAGACGUUUAUCGCAUGACAGUGAUUUUUUCUUUACAUCUGGAACACCGAUAAGUCUUCUAGAAAGAGAUUUUAUCAAAAAUAAUCCAAAUUUAAAAGAAGUAUUAAAAUCUCGAAUCGAUAUGUACAAUCGACUUACAUCAGAAUCUGAUAAUACGUUUAAUAGAUUCAUUAAUCCUCAAUUGUCCUACAGUAAAUUACCACCAAUAAUAUCAAAUGAACAAAUAUUACCGUUGAGUUUACCGGAAAAUGCUGAACAUACAAUUCGUUUACCAAGUGAUAUAUUUUUGACAUCAAGAUCAGAAAAAGAAAAAGAACCGAAUAAACCUAAUUCAAAUGAACAUAAAGAAAAACUAAAUCGUCCUUUAUCAUAUACAGGAUCAGAUAAUUCUGUUGAAUUGGCUGUUGAUCGAUUAAAAAGUGGAAAUCGGACACAAAUUAUCUCAUUUCUUACAACGUUCGACACAGUUCGACCACCAUCAAAUCGAUCAAAUCCUCCAAGAGAAUCUUACAGUGCUUCAAUAUUAAAAAUUCGUUUACAAGAAAUAAUUGUUGCAUUACAUCGAGUUUAUCUCGAGCCGGACGGUCCAAUCUAUGUUGCAUUAUUGAAAAGUAUUCAUAGUCCAUUAUAUGAAGCAUUAACAACAUCAUCAACAAAAUAUGAUGAAGCAAUUAAAUUGAUUUGUGAAGCAUUAAAAAAUGUUAUAUCAAAAAUUGUUGAUUUUAUGCCACGUGAUGGUGUAUUAGGUUCCAGUCAAUAUUCAGCUAUUUCAGCUCUUAUUCAAGAUGGAAAUCAUUUUCCUGAUAAAUAUUUUUGGCAAUGUGAACGUAAACAAUUAGAAUUUAACGAUUCAAAUGAAAAAACAGUAAAUGUUACGAAACAGCGUGCAACACUAUUAUUAAUAGGCGUAUUUAUCUUUCGUGCACUAGUUACAACACUACUUUGCAAACCAAUCAAAUAUCGUUUAAUGUUAGGUGAAAUAUCUUCAUCUCAACAAGCAAGUUUAAAAAUAUUAGCUACACUCAUUUUAUAUAUUGGACGUCGUGUUUGCGUACAAUCUGGAAAUAUUUUAGUAAAUAUAUAA